UUUAUAAAUUAUCAUAUUUGUCAUACCGGAAUUAUUAAUAAACUAUCUUGUCACACAGGUGCAAAAAAACCCCGGAAAAAAAUGUUAAUAUUCUACCAUUUUAUUGUGCUGUUCUUAUUGUGUUAAUUAAAAUAAACGUUGGUUAAAUUCAUUUAAUUUUAUCACUUUGCAGCGGACAUUUCAACUGUGUAUGUUUAUUGUAAAAGUGAGGUUAGUUUACUACUACUUCUGUAUUAUUCAAAUUAAUUUGACGUGUGUUAUCUUUCAACAACGAAUAAGUGUAUUUAUCUUAUUAAUUGGUUAAUUUGCGACCAAGAAAGCUCCAAAUUAAAACAAAAAUGCGUGCAAUAAUUAGUUUUUAUAUUAUUGGUUUGUCAGCAAACGUUUUUUCAAAUGUUAUUGAAAGUGGCGUUAAUAAUUCGAAUAGUAUAGUGCACCAAGGAAGAUUUAAAAGGGGCUCAAAGAAUACAAUUUUUGACGAUGGCAAUUGUUCCAUAUUGAAAGAAAUGUGUAAAAAUGUUGCAGAUGACGACAUUCUUAUAUUAGAGUGUGUACAAAAUUUAAAAAUUAAUCAUCUUGUGAAAUUAAAUGAAAAAUGUCAAAACAUUAUUUGGAGCCACACAUUACAAGUAUUAAACAAUAGUUAUAUUAACGAUAUAUUAACAUCGGUAUGUCGGGGCCAAUGGUCUAACUGUGACAAUAAUGACAAGAAACCCUUAUCAGUUCUAAAAUGUGCAAUAAAAAAAAAAGAAGAUAUAACAUCUCCUGAAUGUGUAAAUACUAUUGAACGAUUUGAAAACUUGGCAUUCAGUGAUUUCAGAUGGAUAUCGUCAUUCUUGGAACAUUGCGUUAACGACAUAUCUGCUCUAGAAUGUGGCAGAGUUGAUCCAAGCGGUUUUUCCCAAGCUGACACUCUAAUAUGUUUACAAAAUAAAAUAUCAAGUGUUAGUUCAGUUUGCCAAGCUGAAGUUUACAAACUGGCUGAAAUUCAGUCUGAUAACAUUAAAUUUGACCGAACAUUAUAUGUAGCCUGUGCAGAAGACCACAUGAAAUAUUGUUCAGAAUUUGUACCUGGCAGUGGCAGAGUUUUCAAAUGUUUAAUCCAACACCAACAUGACAAAUUAUCCGAUAUGUGUAGAAAUCAAUUGUUAAGAAGAGAAAAAUUAAUUUCAGAGGAUUAUCGCGUUAGUAAAGGUCUAAUGAAGGCUUGCAAGGAAGAUAUUCGCAAGAGUCACUGUAGAAAACAAGAUCAGGAUAAACAUACACGAUUAGCACAAGUUCUUUUGUGCCUUGAAAAUUAUGCUCACAAUGGGACAAGAAUAGAUCCUGAUUGUGAAAUUGAAAUGGCUAAUCACAGACGUAUGUUAAUGGAUGACUACAGACUGUCUCCUGAAAUUGUUACCAGUUGUUCAGAUGAAAUACACAAGUUUUGUUCAGGACUGGAAACAGGUGGAAGGACCAUACAUUGCUUGAUGGAUCAUGCAAGAUUGAGAAACAUAAGAAGAAAAAUCAGUGAUACAUGUGAAAGAGCCUUAGAAGAUUUAGUCAAAGAAACAGAUGCUGGCGAAGAUUGGCGUGUGGAUCCCGUUCUUCAUGAAGCAUGCAUACCUGUCGUUCGAAUUGCUUGCAAGGACAUUCGUGGAGGAAACGCCAGAGUUAUGUCCUGCUUAAUGGACACCUUAGGAACCGAUCAAAUGACUGAAGAAUGUGAAAAUGCGUUAAUGCAGAUUCAAUAUUUUGUCGCAAGAGAUUUCAAAUUGGACCCCCAACUUUAUACAGCUUGCAGAGAAGACGCCGCAGCGUUUUGUCAUGCGAAAAAAGAAUGGGAAAAAACGGAUAGUUAUGAUCCCUCAAAUGGGCGAAUUAUUCUGCCAUGUCUAUAUAGAUAUGCUUACUCUCCCCAAAAGGACAUGCAACUUAAACCCAAAUGUUUAGAGCAGAUACGAAGGGUUAUGCGUCAGAGAGCAGUUAGCGUCGAUUUGCAGCCAGAAAUCGAAGAAGUUUGUCUAGAAGACUUAUCUCUCUAUUGUUUUGAUAAGACCAAAAAAGGUGAAGAGAUAAAAUGUCUCCAAGACAACCUGGACGAUCUACAGCAAGCAUGCAGGAUUUCAGUGUUUAAUUUCACGAAAAUUGAAGCUGAACAUGCAGAAGUUAAUCCUUAUAUAAUGACCUACUGUAGAAAAGCCAUAGAAAUUCACUGUGCUGCCGAGUUCAAGCACGAUGAAGGAGACGUUAUGGAAUGUUUAUUUGCUCACAAAAACGACCCCGUCGUAAAAUCAAAUCCCAAAUGUCGCGUUAAUAUUGAACAUUUUCAAAUAUUAACUCUGAAAGAUUAUCAUUUUUCAUAUAAAUUUAAAGUUGCUUGUAAAAGCGACGCAAUGAGGUUUUGUCGCGACGCCAAGACCAAAAGUGCCGUUGUCGUUUGCUUGAGUGAAAAAUAUAGGAAUGAUACUCUGAACGGUAUCAAAAGCAAUAUUAAAAAAGAAUGUCGACAGCAACUAAAAGCCCAACUCUUCCAGAUAAGGGAAAAUAUUAACUUCGAUCCACAUUUGAAGGCUGCAUGUGAAAAAGACAUUUCUCGUUAUUGUUCAAAUGUCGAUGCAGGAUCAGGGCAGAUAUUGGAAUGCUUGCAAGCAGUAGAAGAAAAACUCACCGAUACAUGUCACAAAGAAGUGUUCAAAGUGAAAAUGCAAGAACUAACUGAUAACGCUGUCGAUUACGUCCUCUUAACAACGUGUGCUGAUACAAUCGAUCGCUUUUGUCCACGAACUGAUAAGGAAUUUGUUCUAGAAUGUUUAAAAAGACACAAAGACGAAUUAGAAUUCGGAAAGAAAUGCUAUACCAUAGUCACCCGUCGUACUAAAGAACAAUUUUCGGAUUUUCGUCUGAAUCCAUCUUUACAAGAAAAUUGCCAUCAAGAUAUGAACACACACUGUUUUGAUGUGUUAUCACUGGCUAAGCCGGAUCAAGAAUUAAAUGGAGCAAUGAUUAAGUGUCUCAAAGUGGCCUUCAGACAAUCCCGUCUGACCGAUCUGUGCGCGAAAGAAGUGACCAAUAUUUUACGAGAACAAGCCCUCAACAUCGAACUAAACCCUUUGCUCCGGGUCCUUUGCAAACACGAGCUAUCUACCAUAUGCAAAAAUCACGAAUCUGCCGAAGAAUGCCUCAAAAAUGCUCUCCUACAACAUAAGGUUCCCACCUUGGAAUGUCAAAAUGAAGUUGCUAAUCUGAUUGAAGUGUCUCAAGCUGAUAUCCAUGUAGAUCCUCUAUUACAAAAGGCGUGUGCACUUGACAUCCUGAAGCUCUGCAGCGAAGUGCCCCAGGGAGGAGGAAGGCUGCAUAUGAUCGUAUCACUUUCAGACAUAAAGUGUUUGAAAACGUUCAUGUCCGAUUUAACUUUUGAAUGUCGAAAUAUGCUGACGAAGCGCUUAGAGAUGUACAAAAGUGCGGAAGGGGUGUUUCCAAUCGAUGGUUUGCAGGGUCUCUACUCUCAGGUUGCAGUAUCUCCUGCAAAAAAUUACUUAUUUAUGGUCAUGUUUAUGGUGAUAGGUUCUUUCUUCAUCGCAGGAUUGUUCUGUGGCCGUGUUUCAAAUAAACGUAAAAUUAGUAAAAAUAAAUGAUUCUUGUUAAGUAUUAGCGUAUGAAAAUGAGGGUACUUUUUUUACUUUUUAAAUUAAGAAAAUUAAUUGAUUUCACCAUCACUGAAGUACUAGUCAAUAAUGAAGGCAUAGAGGAUUUUCAGAAUAUUAAUUGAAAUUAAAAUUGAAUCAAGAAUUUAUUUCAAUUGAGGAAAGUUGUUUAUUUUUAAAGUGAUUAUUUUUUGCAAUCUUUUUAUAAAGUCAUAUGACCUUUAUGUGUAAAGUGUAAAUUCGGUGUGUGUAAUUAUUAAAACGUGUAAAUGACUGUUGGUGGACCAUACACGUAUUAUUUGAAUGCACAUACAUUAUCUUUUUAUAUUGAAAUUUUAAUGUUUUUUUUAUUGGUACUUUUAAAUCAUGAAUUUAAUUACGAAAUAAUAUAUUAAUAGGGUAAUUUUUUACUGUAAAUAACUGUAAAUACAUAUUUGAAAGUUUUCAUACACAAUAAAAGCAAUUCAGAUUGUUA